AUGGGCGCGAACCCACCGGACCGUUUCGACCUGGUGGUGAGCGGGACCGGCCUGACCGAGAGCCUGGUGGCUGCGGCCGCGGCCCGGCAAGGGUGCUCAGUGCUCCACGUCGACCCGAACCACUACUACGGGUCCCAGAACGCCACAGUCGCACUCACAGAGCUUCUGGACCUACUGGGCCUGCGCGAGAGCGGGACCAGCGUCCCCGAUGAGCCGGAGACCGACGGGAGACCGCGCGAGGGAGCAAACACGUUGCCGGAGCUCGCCGACUGCACCGAGACGGCGGUGUCGCAGGCGCCCCGGCCGGCGCGCUCCGGUGAGGUCUACCAGGCGCCGGGCGCGGAGGCCCUGGACGACGUGUGUCGCGGCGUGCAGGUGGAUUUGUGGUUCCAACCGCUGUACUGCUCGGGUCCCACCCUGGAGGCCCUCGUCGCCUCCGGCGCGCACCACUACGUCGAGUUCCGACUCGUCGAGUCGACGCGGGUGCUGGAUUCCGCAGCGAGCGUGCUUCGAAGGCUGCCGGCUUCGCGGGGGGCCGUGUUCCGCGACACCACCCUGGGGCCUGCUGACAAGCGCGCCCUGAUGCGCCUCCUGCGACGGUUCACCGACACCGUCCGCUCGGAGCACGAUCCGCUGUCCGUGCCCCAGGCGCUCAGAAGCAGUCCCUUCGGGGAGAAGGGCGCGGGCGGCGCCCUUCAAGGAGUGCCCGCCGCGCCUGCGGCCGCCAGCGAGACCGCCGACGCGCGCAGCGGGUCCGGUUGCGGCGCCACGGCACAGGGACGCCCCCUGCUGGCGUACCUAGAGUCUGAGGGCCUCCGCCCCGCCAUGAGCGACAUGAUCACGUACGGAAUAUGCGGCGCGAGCUGGAAGCAGGGCCGCGAGGUGCCAGGCGAAGCUCCUGGGGCGACCGACCCGCAGCGCUGUCAGUUGACAGAGGCGGACGCGGGGGCCAUGAUGGGGCGCUGGGCGGCGUCGCUCGGGCAGCUCGGCAGCGGCGACAGCCCGUACAUGGCGACGAUAUACGGAUCCGGCGAGCUCCCGCAGGCGCUGUGCCGCGCGUCCGCGGUGGCGGGCAGCACGUACAUGUUGCGUCAGGGCGUGGCUUCUGUCUUCCACGAGCCUGGAACUGAUUCGAUACGAGGAGUCCGGCUACAGGGCGGGCAGGUCGUGGCGUGCAAGGCCUUCGUCGGCAACUGGGACACUGUGGGCCAGCUGCUCGAUUGCACAGCGUGGGCAGAGACCUCGCGGGCCGUCGCGGUGCUUGACGGACCCGUGAUCGCGGGGGAAGACGCCGCAACGAUCAUCCUGCCGCCAGGCAGCCCGGGCACUGUCGCCGGCGCAAGUGUGCGCAUGACGCAGAUAGGACCGGCGCUGCGCGUCACUCCCGGCGGGCGCUGCGUGUUGUACCUCCAGUGCGCUGCAACCGACCCCCGGAGGUCUGCGCGCCAGGACCUCCUCGGGGCGCUGAAGACGGUCGCGACGCUGGACGAGGACGGGGGCGGUGCGGCGGUGGGCGACGCGGCGGUCAGGGGGCUGGAGAGGAGGCCGCGGUGCCUGAUGGCUGUCUUCUUCAAACUGAGGCAGCCGUUGGGGCCGAGGUGCGGGCCGGGACCCGGCGGUGCGCGCCCGAGCAACGCCGUCAUCACGGGCGGUCCCGGCCUGAACGUGGCGCUCUGGAGCGAGGCGGAGGAGGCGCUCGGCGUGAUGCGCGCGCUGGCCAGCACCCUGCCCUCGCUCGCCACUCACGCACUGUUCCCGACGCAAGAGGGCCGCGCUCGACCGGACGACGACCUCGAGAGCGGCGACCAGGAUCUCGACGCGCUUACACGGGCGCUGGGCGACCUAGGGGAGCCGCAGCCAUCAUCUGGAAUGUGA